AUGUUACCAUCAGUCGCAAAAAUUACAGCAUUCAGUAAAUCAGCAGCCCCACGACUCUCGGUAGAAAUUCACGAUAUCCCGUUCAAAGCAUUGUUCGAUACUGGCGCGGCCAGAAGCCUAUUACAUAUAGAUAUUUUUAAUCAAAUAGCGUUGGAACAUCAACUAAGUUGCUCUGAGUCCGACGUAGAAUUAUUCGAUGUGCACAAUAAGAAAUUGUUCACGUUAGGGAUAGUUUCCCUACCCAUGGUCUACGGCGCCAAUAUACUAGACCAAGAAUUUAUCGUCACGAACGGUAUAUCUGAAGCAUGUAUAUUGGGUUUGGACGCCGCAGACAAACACGAAUUUAUUUUUGAUGGUCGCUCUAAAACUAUAUUUCUUGCCCGUGACGGACCGGGAAGUCAUCAAGAAAUCAAGCAAGAAGGUUUAUUGCCGAAAAGCCAAGAGCCGACAGUUAAAAUGGCAAUGACCUUAGUUAAGAGGGUUCUAAUUGCCCCCAGAUCUUCUCAAGUUGUAGAGGCCACAUUUAAGGAAAAUGGUGAUAACAUGGACACCAACUCCCUCUUUUUGUUUUCCCAGAGUAUGGAUUUACCUGAGGGAAUAUUUAUAGACAAUUUUAUAAAUGCUAGAAAAGAUAACGGGAAAUAUCAGAUCGUCGUGGAAAACAAAUCUAAUAGGGCACAUGCUCUGCCGAGGGAUAGUUCCCUAGGAGAGGUAGAAUUCUCUUGUCAACUGAUAGGCAAAGUAUCAUCAGGUCAAGAGUCUGCUUCUCCGGCGAACCCUCCGGACAAGGAAUGCGUACCCGAACCAGAUGUAGACCCCCAAUAUAAAAAACCUUUGGCGUCACUUCUCAACGAAUUUACCGACUUAUUUGCGACAAAAGACUCCGGGCUAGGAAGUACAAGUUUAAUCACACAUUUCAUCGACACAGAGGGAAAAGGACCCAUUCGACUUCGACCUUACCGUACAGGCCAAGGCCAAAAAGAGGAAUUAGAGAAGCAGAUAAAAGAAAUGUUGCAAGCAAACGUAAUACGGCAUUCCACGUCCCCAUGGGCAGCACCAGUAAUUUUAGUGGUUAAAAAAACAGGAGAAAUGCGUUUUUGCAUCGACUAUAGGAAACUAAAUAAUUUAACAAAAAAAGACUCUUAUCCACUUCCCAGAAUUGAUAGCACUCUAGACCGGUUAUACGGAAAGAAAUUCUUUACAACUUUGGAUUUGGCUUCAGGCUAUUGGCAGAUCGAGCUAGAAGAGUCAUCUAAAGAGAAAACCGCCUUUAUCGUAGAAAACAUCUCUACGAAUUCAUUAGAAUGCCUUUUGGAUUGUGUAAUGCGCCGGCUACCUUCCAACGAUUAA